AUGGAGGAGAGAGUGUCGCAACGAGCACUUCUGACUCAAACUGUCAACGAGAUCGUCAAAGUGCUCAUCGAGGCCCACAAUCAGAAAAAGGACAUCAAUCUGAACAGGUUGAAGUGCGUCGUGAGUUGCUCAAAUCAAAGUAGUGCUGAAUAACCAAUUUUCCACAGAUCGCCCAGAAGAACGGACUCAGUUUCCAGCCGAAACUUGUGGACAUCAUCGCCGGAGUUCCAGAUGAUUACAAGGAAAUUCUUCUGCCGAAAUUGAAGGCGAAACCCGUGCGGACGGCUUCUGGAAUCGCCGUCGUCGCGGUGAUGAGCAAGCCGCACCGAUGUCCGCACAUCAAUUUCACCGGCAACAUUUGCGUUUAUUGCCCGGGCGGUCCCGAUUCGGAUUUCGAGUAUUCGACGCAGAGCUACACGGGAUACGAACCGACGAGCAUGCGAGCCAUCCGAGCACGCUACAAUCCGUACCUGCAGACGCGCGGGCGGCUCAAUCAGCUGACACAACUGGGUCAUUCGGUGGAUAAAGUCGAGUUCAUCGUGAUGGGCGGCACAUUCAUGUCACUUCCCGAGGACUACCGUGACUUUUCAUCCGCAAUCUGCACGACGCACUCAGCGGACACACUUCUGCGUCUGUGGAAGAAGCCGUAGCGUACUCGGAGCGGAGCAAGAUGAAAUGCAUCGGAAUCACGAUUGAAACUCGACCUGACUAUUGUCUGCCACGUCAUCUCAACGACAUGCUGUUGUACGGAUGCACAAGACUCGAGAUUGGCGUGCAAUCGACGUAUGAGGACGUGGCACGCGACACGAAUCGUGGCCACACAGUCAAAUCGGUGUGCGAGACGUUCCACAUGGCCAAGGACACCGGAUACAAAGUCGUCAUUCACAUGAUGCCCGAUCUUCCGAACAUUGGCCUCGAACGCGACAAGGAGCAGUUUCUUGAGCUAUUCGAGAGUCCGCUCUUCCGGCCGGAUGGACUCAAACUCUACCCGACACUCGUGAUUCGUGGAACUGGAUUGUACGAGUUGUGGAAGACGGGACGGUAUCAGAGUUAUCCGCCGUCGGUGCUCGUCGAACUGAUCGCCACGAUUCUCUCGUUGGUUCCGCCGUGGACACGCGUUUAUAGAGUGCAAAGAGACAUUCCGAUGCCGCUUGUCUCCUCAGGUAAUCGGCAGAGACUGACUGACACUAGAUUCAUUUUUUCAGGUGUGGAGCAUGGUAAUCUACGAGAACACGCGAUGGCCAAAAUGAAGAACUAGGGCUCAAGUGCAGAGACGUGCGAACGAGAGAAGUUGGAAUUCAGGAGAUUCACAACAAAGUGCGGCCAGAAGACGUCGAACUGAUCAGAAGAGAUUACACUGCGAACGGCGGAUGGGAGACGUUCAUUUCGUAUGAAGACCCGAAACAGGACAUUCUGAUCGGCCUUCUACGGCUACGGAAGAUUUCUGAUAAAGCUCACAGGUCUGAGUUGAAGGUAAAUAACUAGACAAUAAUUCCGUGGAUACUGUAUGAAUACGGCUUUCAGGGAAAUGUUUCGGUUGUCCGCGAGUUGCACGUCUACGGGGCCGUCGUUUCUGUUGCUGACCGAGAUCCGAAAAAGUUCCAGCAUCAGGGAUACGGAUCACUUUUGAUGGAGGAGGCCGAGAGGAUCGCCCGAGAAGAGCACGGAUCAGACAAGAUCGCUGUGAUUUCAGGAGUCGGAACCAGGGAUUAUUACAGGUUAGCUGUUUUUUUCCAGAAAUCCGCUAAAAUCGGGCUUUACAGGAAGCUGGGUUACGAACUCGAUGGCCCGUACAUGAGCAAGCCGCUAGACUCCCUGGACGCAUAA